AUGGUACAAGGCAAUAAUACCCCAAUUUCAGAAUUUCUUCUCCUGGGAUUAUCAGAAGUACCAGAACUGCAGCCCCUCCUUUUUGGGCUGUUCCUCUCCAUGUAUCUGAUCACUGUGCUGGGAAACCUGCUCAUCAUCCUGGCUAUCAGCUCAGACUCCCACCUGCACACACCCAUGUACUUCUUCCUCUCCAACCUGUCCUUGGUAGACAUCUGUUUCACCUCCACCACCAUCCCAAAGAUGCUGCUGAACAUCCAGACACAGAGCAAAGCCAUCACCUAUGCAGGCUGCAUCGCCCAGAUUUAUUUUUCCCUACUCUUUGCAUUGUUGGACAACUUCCUCCUGACUGUGAUGGCCUAUGACCGCUUUGUGGCCAUCUGUCACCCCCUGCACUACAUGGGCAUCAUGAACCCCUGGCUCUGUGGACUGCUUGUUCUGGUGUCCUGGAUCUUGAGUGUUCUGGAUUCCUUGCUUCAGUGCUUGAUGGUGUUGCAACUGUCCUUCUGCCCAGACUUGGAAAUCCCCCAUUUUUUCUGUGAACUCAAUCAGUUGACCCAACUUGCCUGUUCUGACAAUUUUUUAAAUAACAUUGUGAUGUAUUUUGCAACUUUGCUACUAGGUGGUGGUCCCCUGGCUGGGAUCCUUUACUCUUACUCUAAGAUUGUGACCUCCAUACGAGCAAUCCCAUCAGCUCAGGGGAAAUAUAAAGCAUUUUCCACCUGUGCAUCUCACCUCUCAGUUGUCUCCUUAUUUUAUGGUACCAGCCUAGGAAUGUAUCUCAACUCUGCCAACAUCCACAGCUCACAGUCAAGUGCAGUCGCCUCAAUGAUGUACACUGUGGUCACACCCAUGCUGAACCCCUUCAUCUACAGCCUCAGGAACAAAGAUGUAGAGGGGUCUCUGAAAAGAUUCUUUGUCAUGAUAGUUACAAAAGGGACAAUCAUUCUGAGGCCAAAAAAGUAA